AGGUGCUGUCUGGAUACAAGAUCAUCAGAUUGUACACAAUACCUGAUGAGGCUCACGAUCUACAAGGAGGUUAAUAAUAAUGGGCAGUAGCCAUGGGCUCCGUUGGGGGAGACCGUUUCAAGGAACUUAGCCCAGCCGUGACACCCGAAGGGAAUGUGGUGAUGAGCUUCAGCUUUGACAGCUACCAGCUGGAGGAGGAGGAGCUCCAGGCCAGAGGAAAUCAAGCCAAAGGGGUUCUCACCUUCAUGGAACCAGUGGCUGAGGACCCAGAGCCAGGCGAUCAGUACCACGGGAUUUAUUUUGCCAUGCUUCUGGCUGGCGUGGGCUUCCUAUUGCCAUACAACAGCUUCAUCACUGAUGUGGAUUAUCUGCAUCAUAAAUAUCCAGGGACCUCCAUUGUGUUUGACAUGAGCCUGACCUACAUCCUGGUAGCCUUGGCUGCUGUCAUCCUGAACAAUGUCCUGGUGGAGAUGUUGAGCCUACACACCAGGAUCACUGUGGGUUACCUCUUUGCUCUGGGACCCCUCCUGUUUGUUAGCAUCUGUGACGUCUGGCUGCAACUCUUCUCCCAAAGGCAGGCUUAUGCCAUCAACCUGGCUGCAGUGGGCACUGUGGCCUUUGGUUGCACAGUGCAGCAAUCCAGUUUCUAUGGCUACACGGGGAUGCUGCCCAAGAGGUACACACAGGGGGUGAUGACAGGAGAGAGCACCGCUGGUGUGAUAAUCUCCCUCAGUCGCAUCUUCACCAAGCUGCUGCUGUCAGACGAGAAGGAGAACACCAUCAUCUUCUUCUUCAUCUCCAUCGGAAUGGAGCUCAUGUGUCUGAUCUUGCACCUGCUGGUGAGGCGCACCCGCUUCGUCCGCUACUACACUGCCCGCUCCCAGGAGUGUGCUCCUGAGGAGAAGGGCACCCUGGGCCCUGGCUCUGGCUACCGUGUGCACCAUGACGUCAUUGCAGAGGAAGUAAGAUUUGAGAACCGGCCUCAAGCCCAGGGUGGCUCUCCCCCGGGCAGCCUGGGGCCUGAAGCUGAGCUGGCCGGCAGCGGCACUUACAUGAGGUUUGACGUCCCACGGCCAAAAAUCAAAAGGAGCUGGCCCAGCUUCCGAGACAUGAUGUUACACCGCUAUGUGGUGUCCCGGGUGAUCUGGGCCUACAUGCUCUCCAUUGCGAUGUCCUACUUCAUCACCCUGUGCCUCUUUCCGGGACUGGAGUCGGAGAUCCGGAACUGCACCCUUGGGGAGUGGCUCCCGAUUCUCAUCAUGGCCAUCUUCAACCUCUCCGACUUUGUGGGCAAGAUACUGGCAGCCUUGCCCUACGACUGGCGAGGGACUCACCUGCUCAUCUACUCCUGCCUGCGGGUGAUCUUCAUCCCCCUCUUCAUCAUGUGUGUGUACCCCAAUGGGAAACCCACGUUCAGCCACCCUGCCUGGCCCUGCAUCUUCUCCCUCCUCAUGGGCAUCAGCAACGGUUACUUUGGCAGCGUGCCCAUGAUCCUGGCUGCCGGCAAAGUGAGCCCGGAGCAGCGAGAGCUGGCAGGCAACACCAUGACGGUGUCCUACAUGACCGGCCUGACUCUGGGCUCCGCAGUGGCCUACUUUGCGUACAGCCUGACCAGUACCUCUCACAGCACCUGUUUCCACACCGAAACGUACAAUGGCUCCUACACAGCAGGGUACUGAGCAGGCAGGCCUCGGGGCCUGGGAUGGGAAGGGGUCCCACAACAGCUGCUGGAUGCUCAAGACGGGGAGACUGGACCGAGGCAGGUUCACUACCCUUUGCGUGUUGUCUCCAAUCUCUCCCUGGUCCCCACAAGAAAGAUAUUUGGGUUGAUGGAUGGACUCUCUCCACUACCUUUGCUCCACUUCCAUCUGUUGGCUAGGUAACUCUGGUGGGAGAAAUAUAAUUCCUGGUAAUCAACCAUCCUGGACAGUGAAAAAUGAGGAUGGCAGGAAGAGAUUGGCCUUCCCUCCACCCUUCAUGAACCUGUUAAGAGCCACCUUGGAUUUCCCUUUUCUUUUGCUUUCCUGUCUCAUCUCGGCAUCUUUGAUUUUGACUCGGUGACCUUUCAGGGUCCCUUUGGAAUGGGGGCAGGGGCCAUGCCUGGCUAGAAGUGGGAGUUAAGAUACCUCAAAGGAUCCCAGAGCCAUGUAAUGAGCUGAACACUGACUGCUGCCUGGGUAUGGCACAGAAAGGGCAGUACGAAACUACCUGCAGGCAGAGAACCCAGAGAUCUUUGGAGAAGGGAAUCUGGAUGGAAAGCAGCAUUUUGGGGGCCUAUUUUGAAUACCUGGAUCCCACUCCUUGUGUCUUCAGUUGGAACAGCCCUGGUGUCCCUGAGGAUGACCUGAGCCCCAUCUCUCUGGCCUUUCCAAGCUUAGCCUGGGCUGCCCAUGGGCAACCAGCUGGCAAGGGAACCUCCAGGACUGGAGGGAAAUGUGAGAAAUGGGGCAUAACCUCCUGAGGCGAGGGACUGGGCUGGCCCAGGCUUUGGUUUUGAACAAGAGAAGAUCUUGUUAGUCACUGAGGCCCAUGCCAGUUUUACCGAGCCACAAAGAUCCAUGGAUAGAGGCACUCGCAUCGUUUUCUGAUAAAUGGGAUGGAACUGGGGGUGGCAGCAGGGGCAGGGAGGUAUGGGAUAGAGUUCCAGGAACCCAGCUGACUGACAGCUUCUGUGCACUGCUAGCCUCAUUGCUUCCCUUCCUUGUGGGCAGGAAUUAACCAAGGGAGAUGGUGCCCAGGGCCCGUCUGCAUGGCAGGACAGAGGAAUGGGCAGAGAUGGGGUGGAAAGCACGACUCGGGGGCCUGAGGCUGGCAGAUAUAAGAGGGUGAGAAUUGGAGGCCGGCGAGGGGGAUGAGGAGAAAGGCUGGGAAUUCUCCCAACACUCUCCCUCCCCUAGUAUGGGCAGGGUCUGCAGCAGCUCUGCCCAGGGUGGUUUGGGGUGAUCAGAAGAGUUUGGAGUUUUGUUCAGUCCUGAAACUUACUCCUUCGCCUGCUCACUGGAGGGUUUCUUUUGGGUUACCCUACCCCAGAGGCCUUGACUUUAUGACAUUUGUUCUCAAUCUGCAAGUGCCCCAGCCUUGUGCCUCAGCCCAUUUCCCCACCUCCCGCAAAAAUCCAGCCUUUCCCAGGAGCAGUCAUCCAGCAAGCCUAUGGUUCUGGUAUGGUGGUCCAGUAGCCGUCCCCUGGGACUUGAGGUGAGCAGUGGGGCUGGGAUGACUGGGGAGUAGAAAUGGGAGACCAGGGCCUGCAUUUGUCUGUGGGCUUGUCCCUUAGAGCCAUGCUGUCGGGCCUAUCUGGUCCUGGGAAAGACACCAGCUGGUGUUGCUGGGAGAAAAUGUCUCCAGUCUUUGGGUUUCAGUCUCUCCCCACCUGAGUCCUUGUGUGUGGGCAUGGGCAGGGAUUCCCAGCCUUUUCCUAUCCAGUAGUACCCUCAGCAGGGAACACUACAUGUGCCACUGAGUUUUAUUUGUGUGUGUGUGUGUGUGUGUCUGUCUCAUCAUAAAAAUGUAUCACUUUGACCAUUAAAGAAAUCUGUGAGAAUAUAUAUGAGAUAGAGAAAAUAUUAUAGCAGCUGGAAAUUUAUGAUCUUUAAAAUAUAUCAGACUCCAUCUAUUUUAAAUAUAAAUGUAGCAGAUUUUGUAAUACUGGAACAAUAUUUCAUAUCUCAUCCCAUGCGCCUUUGAAUGCUCUCAGCCGCCGGCCCCUGAGCCUCCGCACAGAUGGAUGAGGCAGCACGGCCUAGUGAAUAGAGCACAGGCCUGGGAGUCAGAAGGUCGUGGGUUAUAAU